AUGUCUGAACCAAAACAAGUAGAGGAGCAGAAUACAGAGGAGGCAGAAGCAAUUCACAAGUUCUGGAGUGUUCAACCUGUUGUGAAAGAAGAUGCUGAAGACGUUGCUGAAGGUUACAUUGAUCCACAAAUUCCAGUUACCGCACCACCGGAUCAGCCAUCUCCACUUCCAGCAGGAUUCACAUGGUCUAACAUCGACAUUAAUGAUGAAAAGCAGCUUCAAGAGCUUUAUCAUUUCCUUGAAAUGCAUUAUAUCGAAAACGAUCAACAUAGUUUCAGAUUUUGCCUUCCAGCGCCAUUACUCAAGUGGGCUAUCGCCAUUCCAGGUGGUAUUCCAGAAUGGGUUUUCGGUGUCCGCACAAAAACAGGAACUCUCGUUGGUUUUAUUUCUGGCAUUCCAAAUACAAUCCGCUUAAAUCAAGAAACAGAGAAGUGGUGCACAGUUAACUUCCUUUGCGUCCAUAAUAAGCUUCGUUCGAAGAAAUUAGCCCAAGUUUUAAUUUGGGAACUCGCAAGACGUGUCAGACAGGCGAAAAUCUAUCGUGCAGUUUUCUCUGGCAAAGGAAUUCCUACAAAAAUAUUCGCAAAAGGUUCAUACGCCCAUCGCCCGAUCAAUUUAAAGAAUUUAAGUGCUUCAGGAUACUAUCCAAUCUCCAAAGACAAGAUGGCAGCUGCAAAGAAGAGGUUUGAAGUACCAAGCCUUGUCCACAACAACUGUCGUCCGAUGAAAGAAGAAGAUAUUCCAGCAGUUACUGAACUUCUCAACAAAACAGACUCAUCAUACAAAUUCUCGCUCCAAUUUACACCAGAACUUGUCAAGCACAUGUUCAUGCCUCAAAAAGAUGUAAUCUACUCUUAUGUUAUUCCAGGAUCCAGCGGAAUUCAAGGGUUCUUUUCAUUCUACCUCAUGGCAUGGACAAUCCUCUCUGACAACUUCAUGAAAAUUACCUUCCACAAGGCUGCAUACUCUUUUUACAUGGCAGCAACCAUCGAUUUGAAGGGAAUCGUUUCGGAUCUUAUCAACAGAGCUGAUAAAGAUGCCAACGCUGAUAUUAUUACAGGCCUCCAAAUCGCUGGAUGGGACCAGGCUCUUUCUAUCAACAAAUUUGAGAAGGGAUCAAAUGAUUUAGAGUACUAUUCGUACAACUACGGCGUUCCUCCAAUGGAGCCAAAUGAUGUUAGAUUCCUCUUUAUUUAA